GCUCGCGUCGAGUCGUCCGUCCUGGUGAAAGUGAACACGCUCGCAGACUGUGCGUGUCCUCAGGUGCGCCAGGCAGGUGAAGAGAAGGAAAAGGAGCGCUCGAAGCGGCGCGUGCGCUCUUGCCAAAACCGCCGCGUUAUAAAUAUAAAGUCUCGCCGGCCGCCACUUCUUAGCUAGUGCUUGAGGUCUCAGCAUGGCUAACAAAACGCUUUGGCUGUGCUGUUUGUUGUUGGUUGGGCUGGCGUUGGCCCAAGAUGACGAUACAGUAGAAAAUGACCCCACCGCGGAGGAGCUCUGCGAAAGCCGUCCGGCCGAUGAGUACUUCCGUUUGUCGACGGAAGGCGACUGCCGUGAUGUCGUAAGGUGCGAUAAAAACACAGAAGGUCUUGGUUCGACGCGUUUGGCAUCAGUGCGGUGUCCGGCUGGCUUGGCCUUCGACAUUGACCGCCAAACGUGCGACUGGAAAACGAACGUUAAAAAUUGCGAUCGCGUAGAAAAACCACGUAAAAUCCUACCAAUCUUCAAGACCGAUGAACCUGUCUGCCCUGAUGGUAAACUCUCAUGCGGUAAUGGUGAAUGUAUCGAGAAGGACCUCUUCUGUAACGGCAAACCUGAUUGCAAAGAUGAAUCCGACGAAAACUCUUGCACUGUUGAGACCGAUCCCAACAGGGCCCCUGACUGCGAUCAAACCCAAUGCGUCCUUCCCGAUUGCUUCUGCUCCGCUGACGGAACCCGCAUCCCUGGUCAACUUGAACCCGCUAAUGUCCCACAAAUGAUCACCCUCUCCUUCAACGGUGCUGUUAACGUAGACAAUAUUGACCUCUACGAAGAUAUCUUCAAUGGUCAACGUGCUAACCCUAAUGGCUGCCAAAUCCGUGGUACCUUCUUUGUGUCCCACAAGUACACAAACUACUCAGCUGUGCAGGACCUGCAUCGUCGCGGUCAUGAAAUCGCUGUCUUUUCACUUACCCACAAAGAUGACCCUAACUACUGGACCCAGGGAACCUAUGAUGACUGGCUCGCUGAAAUGGCCGGCGGUCGUUUGAUUGUUGAACGUUUUGCUAACAUUACCGACGGUUCAAUCAUUGGUGUCCGUGCUCCUUACCUCCGUGUCGGUGGCAACAAACAAUUCGAAAUGAUGAGCGAUCAAUUCUUUGUCUACGAUGCUUCCAUCACUGCUUCCCUUGGUCGUGUACCAAUCUGGCCCUAUACUCUAUACUUCCGUAUGCCACACAAGUGCAAUGGUAACGCACAUAACUGCCCAUCCAGGAGCCACCCAGUCUGGGAGAUGGUCAUGAAUGAACUUGAUCGUCGUGAUGACCCUACCUUUGAUGAAUCCCUACCUGGUUGUCACAUGGUUGACUCCUGCUCCAACAUCCAAUCCGGCGAGCAAUUCGGUCGUCUCCUCCGUCAUAAUUUCAACCGUCACUUCAACAGUAACCGUGCUCCAUUGGGUCUGAACUUCCACGCCUCCUGGUUGAAGAGCAAGAAGGAAUUCCGUGAGGAAUUGAUCAAAUUCAUUGAGGAGAUGUUGGGUCGUAAUGAUGUUUACUUUGUCACCAAUCUGCAAGUUAUUCAAUGGAUGCAGAACCCAACUGAAUUGAAUGGUCUCCGUGACUUCCAGGAAUGGAAGGAGAAGUGCGAUGUUAAGGGACAACCCUACUGCUCUUUGCCUAACGCAUGUGCUUUGAACACCAGGGAAUUACCAGGAGAAACUUUGCGUCUUUUCACUUGCAUGGAAUGCCCUAACAACUAUCCCUGGAUCUUGGAUCCGACCGGCGAUGGUUUCUCAGUCAAGAAGUAAUCUAUUAUUUGAUCGACGCGCACAAAGAAUCAACUCACAAAAACGAAGAUACGAAAAAUGAAAACUCAGCCUCGUCAUGGUGAUUUUACGAAAAGACUUUUGUACAUAUAGGCAAGUUAAUUAAGUAUUUUAUAUAUGUCCUAAUCACUUUUUGUAAUACUGUUUAUGAGAAUGCCUCAUCCCACGAGGUGAAAUUACUUAAAUGUUGUCAAAUGUAUUUGUUUAAAUAAAAACAAUUUAACUUAA